AGAUCUACCACCCUGCAAGUCACCCUCCGUGAAUCUCAGCUAGUCAUCAUCACCGUUUUUCUCUUCCAAAUUACAGUUACGGCACGAGAGUCGAAAACGUCAUUGCGAACAUUUGAUAUCGAUUGGCCAUGUCUCAUACCCGUCGGUGACACCGUCUGUAAGAGCAGUGACCAACCACUAGCAGCAAUGCAGCAUCAAAAGCCCAGCUGAGCCCGGAUCUCCUUAUUGUCAGUCUUCAAUACCAUCGUUCUUCUACUAGAGAGAAACAGCUGAAGAUUGGGAGCACCGCCAGCAGAACAAGAUGACUCUUGAUGGGGCACAAAAAUUACACUGGACGCAACGAAUUGCUCUAGUAAGGCAUAAUCUUCACGCAGCCCGACGAACAGGCGACUUCAGCUUUUUCAAAUCGCUACAAGCUCACGCUUUGAUUGAAGGUACGGACCAUGUUGCUCUUCUCAACCAAACACUUGGCGACAACGCAGACGGCGUCCUCUCGACACUUGACAAUCUCAACGCGGGUAUCGCCUACGUCCAUCAAGAUGCAUUCAAAGCUAUUUAUGACAACGCCAAGAAUAACAUGCACUCCGGAGAAGACUCGCUGGCCAGUCGGAAGUCCUUGUUGCGAGUAGACAUCUGCCAGCAACGCGAUAUGGCCGAUCAUGCUAUCGACAAAACAACAAACUCUGCCAUUAACCUCAUCCAAGCCCAGCCAGCGCAUUGUCAAGAUGCGGUAGCAAACGCCUGGAUCACUGGCGCCACGAUCAUGGCUGACGCAGUCUGCGUAUGUUUGAACGAAAUGAACAGUCUUGAAGACCGCCUCGACGACUUCAUCAGCCUGGAGUAUUCAUGGAGCAGCAUCCAGUCGUCCGUGGAUGCCGCUAUUUCUGCACUUCGUGGCAUCUUCAGUCUAAUGACCACGGCAUCUCAACCCGCUGCACCCAUCAAAAACCGUAAUCUCAGCGUCUCGUCUGCCAGUAGCCAAGACCAAGGCGGUGCAGCAAGCACACGUAGCCGCAACUCGUCGACUGCCUCUGCGUUCAGCAUCAUUAAACGUGCCUUUAGUGUGAGCAGCCCGUAUGGACCGCCGCCGUCCAAGUCAGCACGCGGGAGCAUGAACAGUAACGGCAAUCUGCCGCUGCCGGACCCGAACUCGAGGGGUUUCCGCGCAAGUAUCAGCGCUGCGUGCCCGACAAAGAUACCUAACUUUGGCGACCACCCGCAUACUAUCUUGACUACCAUCCCACCAACCCCGGCAGUCAUCGACAUGGUCACACCUGAGAUUAGCAACCCUUUCAAGGAGAAUCCUGAUUACUUCGCGUUCGAUAUGGGUGGUAGGAAGAAGGAACCUGAUCAGGGCAGCGAAAGCGAGCUGUUGCAUAUCGAGGACCUUGAUCCUUUGUACUCGCCGGCAGUCAUUGAGAUGCCGCAGCCGUUGAAGCUCCGUCGCCUCUCCGAUUCUUUCGACAUGUCCAACCCAGAUGGUAUCACAGUCUAGUCAUCGGUAGUUCUGAUUUUACACCACUGUUGAUCCUACAAAUCAUGCAGGUGGUGUGUGC